AUGCUGUUUCCUUGUGCUCCCUACGAGCUUGUGGCGUUUACUGAGGAAAAACUAUCAUUUUCGGGAUCUCGCGGUUUACUACUAUCAGAGUUGUGGACUGAGCUUCAGCGCAAGUUCAAUCAGCAGGGCGAAUUGGAUUUGUUUCAAAAGCAAACGAUUUGGAAUUGGUUGUUUUUUGAAUUGCGACAGAAUGGUGGAAAUAAAAAUCAGGAUGGUGAAGAUGUCGACAACGACAACGACAAUAACGAUGACAAUGGCAAUGACAAUGACGAUGAUGGCGACGGAGUGAGAUUUUACGUGACGUACAAUGUCGAGCCAGUUACUAUUGAAUCUGAUUACACAAAUUUCAUGAGCAAACAAACAAAGCCGUCAGAUUUGAGAGUCAGGGCAACUGAUGACACGCAAUGUUUCUACCUCACGGGACACAGCAGCUUUCAGCGAUGUAUGCAAACCUUGGGCGAGUUUCCCUAUCAUUUGCUUGUAGAGUUGGCCAGAUACGGUGAAAAGGGCGCGUGGUCGGUGGAAAUCUCCGAAGCAACGGGCCAGGAUAAGAGGUCAAUGACCGGCAGAUUGGCCAAGCUCGCGGAGUUUGGAUUCAUCCACAAGGAGCACCGGUACUGGGAGGAGAAAAAACUCCAUAGCACAUGGUGCAUCCACAACCGCUUUGCCGGGAACGCCAAUAUCAAUCUGCAAACCGAGGACAACGAAGGUGCAAGUAAAACCACGGUGCGAAUAAAAAAGUUUAUCAUAAAGUCAUUAAAGGAGGCACCGAGCCAGAUCCGACUAUUUAGAGACUUGAAAGUCGAGUUACAUAUGCACAAGAGCCAUCGUUCUUCGCGAUUGUUUGAUUACGUGGUUGAGAAAUUGUGUGAUAAUGGCUACGUUGAGAGAAUUGACGUGCCACACCGAACCAAAGAGGAUGUGUUGCUUUAUGCGCUACGUUUUGUGAAGGACAUCCCGAUGCUGAGCAUGGACGAAGGACCCGAAACUAGUGAGCUAUUGGAGCGGUUGCAUUUAAAACUGAAACUUGAUGGUUCUGUUACUGCCACCACCACCACUGCUGAUGCUAAUGACAAUAAUGAUAAUAAUGAUGGUAGCCAGUAUGAAGAGAGUGAAGCAGACUCGGCGCCCACGUUCAAUCAUUUGUUCCCCUUGGCCUCCCAAAUCUAUCAAACUGUCAAGGAUGCGGGAAAAGAUGGCAUCACGGCAAGAGCAAUCAUUCUGCAAAUCACGGGCGACACCAGCCAUCGCAAUAUAAAAAAAUAUCUUGAACUGUCAUGCAGCUACGUGUUUACAGGCAACGGUCUCCUUCCACAGCUCGAUUACCCAGACGAAGAUCCAAGCUGUGGCAUGGUAAAGCAAAGUGAAACCAAAGGCCGUAUGAAAUUCUACAAGUACUACGCGAAAGAACAUUUUGAAGGUGAAGCUGUGAAAAAGAACAAGAAAGAGAGGCCCAAGAGAAAGAUCAUGGACAAGCUGUUAACGGAAUUGGAGAGGUUGGACAAGGUCAAGAUGGUAAUGUCCUCUGCAUCCGCCUUGAUCGAAGUUCCCAGAUUUAUUGAGCAUAAAACACUCGAUGUCGCGGAAGAUGCAGAUUUGGUGGAGCUCUUGUUCGAAUCUCGCGCUGGCGAGAAACUGUCGAGAAGAAAGCAAAAGAACGAAGAAGAAGAAGAAGAAGAGGAAGACGAGGAAGGAGAAGAAAAAGUGAAAAAAGAAGAAGAAGAAGAAGAAGAAGAAGAAGAGAGAAAGCCCAAGAAGGCGCGCGGAAGACCCAGAAAACAUCCUUUAAAGGAGGAAGAUGCAGAGGAAGCUAAACCAAAGACGAAACGAGGGAGACCGAGAAAGUAUCCGCUCAAGGAGAGCAAAGAGCCGAAUGAGUCCGUUGACAGUUUACCAAGGGGGCUGGGUGAUGCAACUGACGUGAAUAAUUCAGACGAGAGAGAAAAACUGGCUACAACGGCAGCAAAUGGGGACACCAACCCAUCACAGAACGGGAACGGGAACGGGAGUGGGAGCGGGAGGAGGACCGAGAACGGAAAGGCAAGAGAGAAGCGGGAAUUGAGGGAAUUGAGGAAAUUGAAGGAACUGACAGACUUGACGGAAGGUCAACCGGAGGGGAACCUAAUGGAAAAUUCAAGCACUAGAGAUCUUCGUAGUCUCCAAAGGCGGAGAACAAGAAGCCAAAGAGCAGCCGAGGAGUCGAAUGAGCUUGAAAAUGAAGUGAAAGACAUUUCACCCAAACUAAAUGCCAAGCGUCAGCGACGUCUUGAUGACUCAUUUUCGUCGUCACAGGUUGGUGACAAGGAUGAGAGAUUGAGCGCAGGACCCGUUGCCAACGAUCUGAAUAAGCCAGCGGAAAACGUGGAGAUCGGUCGUGAUGAAGUUGCCGAAACAGAAACUCCUAAAGCAAAAGAUGAAGCAAAAGAUGAAGCAAAAGAUGAAACAAAAGAUAAUGAUAAUGAUAAUAAUGAUGAUGCUGAUUGGACCGAAGGAAAAUUAUCGCAGCAGCCCGCAAAAAUCUUCACAGGCCAGGCGAUGCCAGACCCAGAUCCAGAAACAACGGAAAACGAGAACCUGGACAUUUCUCAGGUCUUCACUCCCAAGAUCAAUCAAUCUUUCAGAAUAAAGAAAUACCGACCAACCGCGAAGCGCUCAAUCAUCCGCGAAGUCGACGUUACUGGAGCAACACGACGAGAAAAACUUUUGGAUUUGAUUAAAGAGUCUGGCGGUGUCGUUUAUGCGCGAGCAAAUCUAGCCAGGAGAUUGGACGAAGCCUUGGAAAGUUCCAAUGUCACCGACUUGAAAACAGUUGUUCGUGACAUCCAUAAACUUGUUGCAACUAGGGAAUUGGAAGUGCAAGUGGAGCACCAUUGGCUCAACGGCAGAAACGUAGUGAGGAGGUUGUUGAUUCUCACCGACCCAGAUUUCCGUCCGCUGCAGAGCCAAAUUGACAAUGUCAAGAAUGACUUGGCAAUCGGCCGCUCUGCACCAAAGCAGCGCAAGAUGGUGGAAGGGGCCGAAUAUGUCGUGAAGAACCCCGAUGAAGUGCUCCGACCUAAGCUGAGAUUGGCUUCUUUGGACGAUGAUCCCGCCCUUGACGAUAAUGCCGGAGGAACGCUUUCUCGUUCAAGCUCCAAAAAGAAAGCACGCAACGGCGGCACCACCAACAACAAUAAUGGGCUGUCGUCCAACAAGUCGCAUGCAUCGAAAAGAAGACUGGUUAAGCUCGAGAGAAAAUCAUAUAAAGGGCCAACAGUGGAUUUCCCCGUCCAGUUUGAAAAAGGCGAUUUCACAUUUCUAUUCCGGGCCGUGUGCAUUUGCAAAACAUUUCGCAAGAAUCUCAUUGAUUUCGCUUCUAUAGCGGAGCUAUUCACGAAUCUUGAUGCGGCAAUGGUGAAGAAAAUAUGGACCCUGGCGAGGAGAGAUUUGGGUGGACUCAGUGCAGUAGAGAAGGGAAUAGAAGAGUUUGAGCAGACAGUGUUGCAAGCCAUUGAAGAUGACUAUGUCACCUCGGAUGACUUGGCAGAUGCCGAGAUUCCGUUUUUUUUAAACUUGUGGUCGAGAGUCAACACGUCAAAGAUUGUCAUACCGGAUAAAUACCCGUUGUUCGCGACAUGGGAUGAAAAUCUUCAACACUAUGAAAGAGUCACUACUUCCUCUGCUGGCACCCAUGAUAUGUUUUUAGAACCAUUGGAAUUUCAGUCGAUGAAGCAGAGAGAAGAGUAUUUAGCCGAAAAACCAUUCAACUAUCUAAAGGGAGAACCAAUGAUUAAACCACACGAGGAAAUUCGAACAGCGUUGAGGUCGGUGUUUAGAAACCAGUCACUGGACAGAGCAGCCACAGACAAGGUGAUUCUGCGUUUCAACGCCGACGAUGUUCAGAAGGCAACAAAUGCAAUGAUUGAAGAUAAGGAGUUGAUUUACUGUGAAGAUAACCCGCUAGGGAAAUUCCAGCUAACCGACGCAGUUUACAGCGGUCUCGUUAUGCGUAUCCCGGAAACCUUUUUCAAGCAAGCUGCUCUAUUCCGCGAGAGUUUGAUGGAAAUCAUGGGCUCCAACAAGGCACUAGUGCUAUCUCAAGGCAUGAAAUCCAGCAACGUUGCGCAAUUGCUAGCACUAGUUUCCCUGAACUCCGCCUUGCUAGUGCACGUGGAUAAGAACUACAACUUUGAUGGAUACGAAUCACGGCAAAUGGAUAAAGACUGUCUAGAGUGCGAUGUGAUUGUUGUAGGCAAAGGGGAAACGCCCAUCCAGCAAGAGCUAAAAAGAGUGCCCGUCCCCGUGGGAGCGCCAUGCUCGUAUGUGUGGGUCGAUGCUCAAGGUCAAAUUGAUGGCAAGUUGUGGACCCAGAUCAUUUCCGCCGUGCUUUACUAUGUCCACUAUCGCCCCGGAUCGACCGCAAAUGCACUUUACGAGAUUUUCCAAAACUUGAUGAGCUACGCUGAGUUUGAAGCAGUCUUGAAAUGGCUAGAGCAGAGCGCAUGCAUUAGACGUGGCAGUGGUGGCGGGAGCUGGAUCUUGAGCGACUCUUGGCUAUCCAUAUUGGGCAAGUAA